AUGGCUUCAUCGUCACACAACCGCGUUCGCCAGACAUGGCGCGCAUUCGAGAACUGGCUUGCAACACAACGAACAACGAUACUGCAACCGCAGCUCUCCCAAUCCGACGCUUCGUCCGCCAAGGACUACAAAAAACUAUCGUCUUCGGAGCGUUCCAAGACGACCCUGAAGCAAUACAAGACACAACGGAGAGAAGAAAUCGAGAAACAGUUCUACGCAGCUGCGAGGGAGGAGUGGCAGAAGAGGCUGAGACAGGCUGGGUUGAAGGACGAGGAUUGGGGUGAAAUGACGGAUGCCGAAACCAAGGCUGUGGAGAAUGCUCUGGGUGCUCAUUUAGAUCACGAUUCUGCCUCAAAUACGCUCACCUCAACAGCAACCCCACCAAAAGACGACGACAGAGAACCUGAACUUUUGGCUCUAGUUCCAGCCGCUGUGGCGCCACCCAGGAUGUAUGCCCCAUCACUCUCCACCUCGUCGCUGGCCUCGAGUAUCAGCAGCUACGAAUUGGUGAACCCAAGUGAACUGGGCUCCGACGACGACGCAGAGGAGGACGGAUCUCGGUUUUUCAACAGCCUCGUGGCCUCCCAUGAUUUGACGUCUGAGGAAGAGGAUAUGUCCAUUCUCAACCCCAGCUGGAAGACGUUCGACACUCCAGGCGGCGGCAGCAGCACCAGCGCAAGCGCCGUAGCCCGCCAAUCCUAUGGUCACUCCCACUCCUAUUCUUCAAGCAAUCCCAACUGGAGCACCGACUCCUCUCGUCACAACUCGGCCAAUGGCUCCCCUAUCCAGCUAGGGACAUACAAAUCGUUCCCGUUCGAUCAUGUUCCACCCGCGCAGAGUACGACAAGGAGCUCCUACUCUGCAUCCCAGGUUUCCUUGCAGAAACCCAAGAUCUCUUCAGCGUCGGCAUCCUUGUGGACGCCACCGAGCGUCAGUGCCACCAUCCCUGCGGGCGUUUCGGCAUCCUCUGCCGCAGCAGCAGCUUCCUCAGCUUCAGCCCUCGUAAAGACCAAGUCGACCUCCCCACCUACCGCCACCAGCCACUCUGCAUCCGCAUCAACCUCCUCAUCCAGCUCCUCUUCCACCUCGACUUCCAUUUCGGCGUCCACCUCCGCUUCAUCCUACAUCGGACCUAUCCUUCUCGAUGACCCGUCCAAACCCGAAGAUAAGGAAGAACUCUUCUUUUCGGGUUUCCCUUCCGCUUCUUCUGAAAUGAAGGAGGACUCGUUCUUCCCCUCCUCCUUCAAGGAUGAUGUAUUGAACCCCACGGACGAGGAAGUGGAGGCCGAGAUCGCGUUUGAAAAGUUCAAACUCGAGACUCGCAUCACGAAGAUCAUCGAGUUCCAUAAGACCGCUGCUGAGAUGGAGGUUAAGCUUGGUCUCAAAAUUUGUCGGAUGAGAUGGGAGAGCGGUGAUCGUGCUGCUGCUAAAAGUGGUCGUGGUGGGAAGGAUCAUGGGAAGGACGAGGAAAGGAAGUUGGUUCAGGAGCAUGAGAAGGCGAUGAAGGAGCUUCAGAUUAAGAAAGAGGAGGAGAGGAAGAUGAUUGUGAAGGAGGAGAGGAAGAGGAGGAGACUUUUGUUGCAACAGAGACAGGCCAACGGUGCCUCUGCGAAGUCGUUGACGAAUGGAAAGGCCAAGGCCAAUGGCAAGGCUAAGAAGAUGGACUCCAAGUGGCUGGAUGACUAUGAAGGUGUUGAGGCGACGUUUGAUGUGGAGACGCCGUCGUUGGAUGGUGUGUUUGGGAAGGGCACAACACCAGGACCUGGACAGAAAUCCAGGGCGCCACCGUCCCCUCAGAUCGCCAGGCCCAAACCCACCCAUGCCUGGAACCAGAUCCCCUUCAUCCAAGAGCAGGAAGAAGAGGACGGCGAGGACGAUGACCACGGCGAAUACGAGCACGAGUAUGGAAGAGGUGGUUAUAACGAGUAUGAGUAUGAAUCUGAUCACCGCCAGCACGACUAUGCCCAACAGCACCAAGGCAACUACCAUCCCCACCAAACCUUCCAACCCUCUCGCCACGACUACCAGCGCGAGCAUGAUUCGCACCAAACCUUCCCUCCUGGUUUUGGGGAUGACAUGCCAGAGGAGAUUAGACGCGCGAUGAGCGGGUACUCGUUGGACGGCUACGGGUCCGACACGAUGGGAGGGUACGGUUCAUCCUCUGAGAACCGGGGCUACAGCUCCGAUGCUAUGGGGUACGGCUCGGAUACGAUGGGCGGAUACGGAUCGUCUGCUGAACACGCAGGGCGAGGGUACGGAUCGUCCACCGAGACCGCAUCGAUGAGGUACACCACCUCCGACGGCUACACCUCCGACGCGAUGGGAUUCACAGGCGGUAUGGCCCAGCCCAGUCUGUCCUCGAUGUCGAUGAAUACGGGUAUGCCUGGGGGAAUGGGAGGAAUCGGCUCGUCGCCGGUUGAGAUGUCUACUCCGAGGGUUGGCUCUCACGGUCAUUCAUGGGGUGCAGGGCAUCCAUCGAUGGCGAUGAUGAGCAAGACGCCGACCAAGAGCUCGCCUUUGGUGGGCCGGAAUCCGUUUGGUGGCCAGCAGCAACAGCAACAACAACAGCAGCCUCCGUCCAUCUCGGCCUGGGGACGCAAGAACUCCCAGCCUACAGUGACAUCGUCGCCUCCUGCCUCUGCUGCACUUCCCAGCGGCUCUGCUACGGCCAAUACCAAUACGAACGGAGCCGGUCUGACCGCGUCAACGCCUCUCGCUGCCGUCACCGCAGGCGUAGGAUCAUGGGCCAAGAAAUUCUCGCUCUUCGGGGGUGGUUCUGCUUCCACUCCUUCUGCCUCGGAGAAUUCCUCGGAACAACGUAGGGGGUUCUUUGACGAGGACGACGACGAGGAUGGCACACCGCAGAAGCCUGCUCGACGCACUGGUGGUGGUGGAGGCGGGUUCUUUGACGAGGAGGAUAAGUGGGGUGAGGAGGAGGAGGAUCCGUUGGCUGAGGAACCGGAGGAAGACGAAGACGAAGAGGAGGAAGAAGAGGAGGUGGUGGCCCCGCCUCCUCCGCCUCCGCCUGUUACCAAGGCUGGGAGGAAGGGCAAGAAUGCUGUGCCGGCGCCCCCUCCACCCGCACCUGCGCCUGUGCAGACGACGGCCAAGGGCAAGAAGGGUGCUAAAGGCGCUGCUGCAGCAGCUAAGGCGGCCCCUCCCCCACCUCCACCUGCCAAGGUCGUCGAGAAGCCAGCGCCUGCUCCCGCUCCCGCUCCUGCACCCCCUGCUAAAGAGAUUGGCAAGAAGGGCAAGAAAGGGAAGCAGGCUGCGAAGAAAGCGGGCGGGAAGGCCGCUGCGGCUCCUGAGCCUGAACCCGAAGUCAAGUCUGCGCCAUCGCCUGUCCCACCACAACCCACCGGCAAAGGCAAGAAGGGUGCGAAUAGCCGUGUCGUGGAGGAACCCAAGGAGGAGGUUAGGUACGACGAAGAAGAGGACGAGGAAGAGGAUAACAGCUUGUUCAGAUCUGCGACGUCCACCAAGACCGCUAGCAACUCCCUCUGGGGUUCGACGAGCGACGUGUCCUCUACUCCCAAACCUCCCGCUGCCAAAGUCAGCUCGAUCCCUGGGGCUUGGGGCGCAAAGGCACCUGCUUCUGCUGUCCCUUCCAAGGUCAGUGGGAAGGGUCUUACGGCGGGGUCGGUUAUGGAUGAUUCGCCCUUGCCAUCCUCUGUGACUGAGUCGCUGUGGGCCAAGGCGAGGUCGACGCCCGUUGCGAAUGGUGGUGGGUCGAAGACUCCUCUUCCGCCCGCUGGACAGCCCAAGGCUGGUUGGAAGACGAACGGGCCUAGUCGACUUGGAGCCUCUGUCUUUGACAGUUUCGAUGGACAGGAGGAGGAGGAGAAGGCGGUGAGGAAGGUGUCCCCGCCCGCUAGCGCGUUGAAGAAGACGAGUCCGCCGUCUGCGAAUGGUGGCGGUGCGUCCAAGUUUGGAUCAGGCUCGAGUGUGACGAGGAAGGGCCCGGCGAAGAAAGUGACGAUUGAAGAGGUGUCGGAUGAGGAGGAUGGGGUGUUGGAUAACAGUCUACCUCUAAACCAUCGCUCGAUUAUGGAACCGAGAUCUCCAGACCCUAACGCGCGCUCGCCGUUAGUCCCGAGUCGCACCCCCAAUUUCAGUGCGCAAGCGUCGAUUAGGCAGCCGAAGCCUAGUCAGCCGCCGACGGUCUUCUCGAAUCUCUUUGACUAUAAGAAUGGUGGUGAGGGAGGACAUGGACAUGGACAUGGUGGUGGUGCGGAUGGCUUCUUUGGGGGUUCAGGAGCGACGAGUCCGGAUGGGAUGCCGGGGUAUAUGACGGAUGAGUGGUUGAAUGAGGCGAAGAAGCAGUUGAAUGGGGGUGGGAUGGGAAUGGGUGGUGGUGCGAGGGGGUCGGCGUUUGCGCGUUCUGGAGUCGGUGGUGGUGGAGGGGGAGGAGGGGGAGUCCUAGACCAAGGUUUCGCUACGGAUUGGGAAGGCACUGUCAAGGCUAAGCGUGGUUCGAGAUGGGGCGCGGCGUCUGCUGUGCCUACUAGUGCUGCUUCGGGAUCUGGUGCGGCUGCUGGCGGAUUUGGGGCUAUGGCAGGUGGGGGAGCGGGGAGAGGGUAUAAGAUGCCUGGUGCGAUGACGGAUGAUGAGGGUGUUAUGGGUGGUAUGGGUGGUGGGAUUCCUGGGUCUUUCAAUCCCCGACCGGGUCCCAAUGGAGGUGGAGCGAUGUCGAUGUGGGAAGCGAAACAACAACAGCAGCAGCAAGGACUGGGUCGGGGUGGUCUAGGAGGAGGAGCUCCUGCAACUGGCGCCAAGUCGGGCUGGGGAGCAAGUGCCACUUCCCUGAGUCAAGCAUCCUCGUCGGGGAUGAUGGGUGCUGGGAAUGGUGGUAGUGGUGGUGGUGGACCUGAGCCGCCUGAUGAUAUCCUUGCGCGAUUCGCGAAGAGCCAGCAGUUAGAGGCUAUGAAGCGGAGCAAGGUGUCGAAUGUGAAUGGGGGUGGUAAAUUAUUUUGAUUCGUUGUGAAACCCUUGCUUUCUGCUUUCUUUUUAUUCUUGAACGUUUUUGUUUCGAGUUUUUGGUUCUGCUUUUUUUGCGAUUGCCGAGGUCUCCAACCUGUUGUAUGUCUAUCGAUGUAUCCUCUAUCCUCUCUUUCUUUUCUCCGUCUACCUUCAUCUCUCUCUCGCUCUUGUGUAUUACCAUCCCCUCCGCUGUGC